AUGGAGGAAGUAAAAGAUAUUUUUUACAAUAUGUCCAAUAGUAUGGAAUGGAAAAAGAUCAAUAUAGAGGCAAUCCAGGAUUUGAAAGAUAAAAUGAAAAUUGAUGGAAUGAAAAAGUUCAAUGAAUGGAUGCAAAAAAAGAAUGACUAUUUUCUUUUAGGAAAAAAGAUUAUCAGUUUGGCAGAACAAAAUGAGAUUCUUUUAGAAUACAUAAUGCUAAAUAAUGAUUUUACAAAAAGACUAAAGAAUGAAAAUAGAUACCAAGACAACAAAGAAAAAACCAAUAUUAGAAUCAUCAUCUCCAUCAUCUCAAAACCUUGGUUAAUUAAAGAUAAUAAUAGUAUGAGUAAGAUCAAAGACGAAAAUAAAAAUAAAGAGGAAGAAACGAAAGGGAAAGAAAUAACAGAAACAGAAAAGGCAUCGUCAAGCUCAAGCAAAAAAAAACAAGAAAAACAAGAGGAAAAAGAAGAAGAAGCAAAAAUGAAGAAACAGAAGAAAGAAGAUUAA